AUGGCUGGUCUGGGCCUCCAAAUGAUUCCUUUGCAAAGUACGGGCCCGACCCGGAUACCGCCAGAUAAACCCGCUGUAGAGAAAGCCCAAGCCCAUCUCGAAACUCAUCACCUGGGGUCGGCGGUUGACAAACGAAGCGAGAAGUUGAGAACUCUGUGCUGUAGAAAACCCGGGUCGGGGGUUAUGUACUCGUGGACUACGAGCCGUUGGAUAGGGCGAAGAAGGUGGCGGCAUCUGGCCAUGUACGUGGAGCAACAAGACGGUGGCUUUCACAGAGUUUUGGUGCCCGUGAUGUACUUUAACCAUCCCCUGUUUGGUGAGCUUCUAAGGGAGGCUGAGGAGGAGUCUAGGCAUCAGCACCAGGGCGGGAUCACGAUCCCCUGUCAACAGGUUACCCGGGUCGUGUUCAGGUAA